AUGCGUGAGGGCAUUGUCCUCAGAAUAACAGGGGAAGUUGUAAGUCGACCAGAACUUCAGUAUACCAACAGGUUGUGUUUUGGUCGUGGGUGUGUGGUAAGACCUUCUAAAGCUACUACUCAAGACACAGAUGUGCUGUGGAGCUAUCACGGAGAGACGGGACCCGACCACUGGCCAAAGACUUUCCCUAUCUGUGGCCUGGACCGCCAGUCUCCAAUUAACAUCGUGACCUCUGACCUCAAAGGGAGCUUCAACUGGCUCCACUUUGGCUUCAAGAACUACGAUAUCACCCCAACGAUGAUGACCCUUAUGAACAACGGACACGCAGCCCAGGUGAUGAUUAGCCAAGAUCCGGCGCCCACAGUACAAGGCGGUGACUUGGAGGGAAAAUAUACCUUCCUCCAGUUUCAUUUCCACUGGGGAGGUGACGAUAGCAGGGGCUCAGAACACACGGUCGAUGGCAAGCAGUACCCGGCAGAGCUACACUUGGUACACUUCAAAUCGGAAUACGGCAGCGUAGCAGAAGCCGUGAAACAUGAAGAUGGUCUGGCGGUGCUGGGAGUGCUGAUUGACGUGUCUAGUGAAGAUAAUAAUAAACUGGUGUCUCUUAUUGAUGGCCUUGCUAAGAUACAUGAACCAGAAUCCCACGAAGACAUCACGCCCUUCCCACUCAAGGACCUGUUACCAGACAACGUUGACGACUUCUACAGGUACGAUGGGUCCCUCACUACUCCUCCUUGUAAUGAGAUCGUCAUAUGGACAGUCUUCAAGGAGCCAAUCUCCAUGUCAUCACAACAGCUGAAUGAGUUCAGGAAGUUAAUUGAUGAAGAAGGUGCACAGUUAAUAGACAACUUCAGGCCUGUACAACCCAUAGGAGACCGUAUGGUGUUUGGUGACAGCCUGACACCUCACUGGAGUUAUACUGGGGAAACAGGUCCGGAGAAUUGGCCGAAAUUCUUCCCGAUAUGUGGCGGUGACUCCCAAUCUCCAGUCAACAUCGAGACGGCCAAUGCCCAAUCCACAAUCUAUUUGCCAUUCUUAUUUACUAAUUACAACAAAAAAGCCGCAACAACCAGCCUCAUGAAUAAUGGACAUACUGCACAAGUAAACUUCGACAUGCUCGACGGUCUACCAAUGCCAUCAGUGAUAGGAGGCGGAUUACAAGGCUCUUAUACUUUUCUUCAGUUUCACCUGCACUGGGGCGCUGAUGAUACGGUCGGCUCUGAACACACUGUCGAUGGUAAAAGUUACGCGGGAGAGCUACACUUGGUGCACUUCAAGACGGAGUAUGGUAACGUGGCAGAGGCAAUCAAACACGUGGACGGGAUAGCAGUACUGGGAGUCUUCCUUGAGGCUACUGAUGUGGAUAAUCCCAACUUAUGGAGUCUUAUCGAGGGUUUACCGUCCGUCAUCCAUGCUGACACGCAUACAACCAUCAACAGCUUCCCUCUACUCAAAUUGCUGCCUCAGAACCUACUCAAGUUCUACCGAUACAGUGGCUCCCUCACCACCCCUACCUGUAAUGAAAUCGUCAUCUGGACUGUCUUUAGAGAUCCAAUUACCAUCUCUUCUGCUCAGCUGGCCAAGUUGCGGAUGUUGGAGGAGGAAGAUGGUAAACUUAUUAAGAUGAACUUCAGGCCCGUCCAACCCCUGAAUGGGCGCCAGGUGUUUACCAAGCCUCUGUAGUGACAGCUGUAGCCUGAGAAAUGACAUCUGUUGUAGUGUGGUAGAGGUGGUGGUGGUGGUUGUGGUGGAAUGUGGUAGUGAUGAUAGCUUGCCUUUUGAUAUGACACUACUAUCACAACAACUGCACACCUACCCCCCCCCCCACACACCACCUACCACCUCCCCCACACACC